UUGAGGUGAACCGGUGGCUCCAGCUCCAGCACAGAAAGAGAGAGAGAGAGAGAGAGAGGGGUAUAGAGAGAGAGAGAGAGAGAGAGCGAGAGCGAGAGAGAGAGAGAGAGACCACCACCGUGUACGGUAAACCGGCUGUCUCCCUUCAGAGACACCGUCCCCGACGCCCACACUUCCGGACUGGAGCCUCUGGAGGCAGCUGGGUCGGGAUGAAUCCGUCUCCCGGUGCUGCUUGAGAUGAAGAUAAGACAACAACGACGACGUCCUCCCGGUGAAAAUACAAUGUGCAUCACGUUACAUUAGGGGCGACCGUCACAAUCCGAGCUGAAGUGAUUAAAUAUCGGUCAGUCUACACGGAUUCAGGCUUUGGCCAUACACUGUCCGUCUGCUGUCAACUGUUGCUGAUUUCCACUGUAAAUGAAUCUUGUAAGGUAUAUGAACAACCGUGUUCCUCCUAACAAGAGAUACCAGCCCACAGAAUAUGAGCAUGCUGCCAACUGUGCCACGCAUGCGUUAUGGAUAAUCCCCAGCCUGCUGGGCAGCUCAGUGUUGCACUUCCAGUCGGAGGACCAAUGGGAGCAGUUGUCAGCCUGGGUGUAUGGGGCGGGGCUCAGCUCGCUCUUCAUCAUCUCCACCCUGUUCCACACCGUGGCCUGGAAGAAGAGCCAUCUACGGUCUGUGGAGCACUGUUUCCACAUGUGUGACAGGAUGGUGAUCUAUUUCUUCAUCGCUGCCUCCUAUGCCCCCUGGCUGAACCUGAGAGAGCUGGGUCCCUGGGCAAGUCACAUGCGUUGGUUGGUGUGGGUCAUGGCCUCUUUUGGGACCACAUACGUCUUCUUCUUCCAUGAGAGGUAUAAGAUCAUGGAGUUGAUCUGCUACACAGUGAUGGGAGUUUUUCCUGCCUUGGUCAUCCUCUCCAUGCCCGAGCAGGCGGGAUUGUGUGAGCUGCUGUUGGGUGGAGCCUGCUACUGUAUGGGGAUGGUCUUUUUUAAAAGUGAUGGCAUCGUCCCAUUCGCCCAUGCCAUCUGGCACCUGUUUGUUGCCAUGGGAGCCGCCAUACACUACUAUGCCAUCUGGAAGUAUCUCUAUGUCCUGCCACCCAAUCAGGUCCAGACCUCCAGAUGACAUCCGCGCUCACCUCAAAGGAAGUAGCUCCUGUAUUUAAGAAAAUUCAAGGUGAUGUUGAUGUGAGCUAUUUCCUGAUUCAGGGGCUGUUCUUUUUUUGGAAGGUAUAUUGUUACCACCUACUGAAAUAAGAAAAUUCAGCCUCACAAUGAAAAAAACUAAAGGUGCAUUAAGGUGCUUCUUCUCAACUCUUAAAGUCAGAAAAAUCCAUGUCCAUCACCAGGAAAUUUCACUGAAUCUGCUCAGUUGUGUCAAGAUGCUGAGUCUACAGCACAGAGUGUAUAAAGUAAGUACACAUAGCCGUCUUGAUAUCAGCCGUCAGUAGAUAGAGUAGGAAAUGCUCCCCAGAACAUAGGGGAAUGACAUGCGGGAAAGGAGCCGCAGGUUGGACUUGAACCUGGGCCGCCCGCUUUCAGGACUAUUGCCUGUGUACAUGGGGGUAAGGCCUAACCACUAGGCAAUCUGCUCCCAUCUCCCAUCUGCUUGCAUACAAUUUUAUUUUAUUUCUCAACCAGAAUGUGUUGUCCCCUACUUGUAUGGUAAGAAUAGUUAAGAAUGGAGGUAUGAGGCAAUUCCACAAUGUCUUUACUUCUGACAGCAGAGGCUAAGUCUACUUCUUAUAUACAGCCAGUGGCUUCAACCUAAUUUCUGUUGUGAGCAUUCUAAAAAUACCUUCAAUGACAAUAAUUAAAUGCUGGCAUUUGAAAUGUUUUAUAAUCAGGGCAGAGGACAAAGCUGAAGUAAUGAGAACAUCUUUAGUUUUUCAAUUCAUCCAGAGAGAUGAUCUGUGCCUGGUUUUACGUUCAUCUAUCCUGUUGAAACAUAAAGUUUGAAAACAUAUUUGAGAAACUCUAGGUAGCAAUAGUGUCUUGAUGAACACACAAGUUUGGAAGAUACAUCAUCUUGGAACUAUGAAUGUGUAAUUUGUACAAAUCCAUCCAGUAGAUAUUUCCUGAUGAGUAAACUAUGGUUCCAGGGAAUAAUCAAAGUAUUCAUCCUCUGAAUAUGAUCAAAAUCUUCACUGACUUUACAGACAAUUCAUCCAAUUGUUGAUGAGAUGUACGUAACCCUAGCCUCACUUACCUGGUGAAUAUAUUGUGUUUACAUGAUAUUUUUUGACUUGUGAGUUGAUGAGCUUACCUGAAAGCACCAUUAAGCAGUUAUUUGCAUGGAUUGUAAAAUAUGGGGAUAUUACUCAUGUUGAUUUAGCAAAAUGUGUCAAAACACUGUCUGCCAUUGAAGGAAACUUUAUAUCAAGAUGACCUCGAUGCCUGAAAUUUUGGACUUUGGAAGCUAGCAAGUAGGGACAAUUUUUUUUAUCACUAGUGCAGUUCAGUUCAAUUGUACGUGCUUUUAAAAGAAUUAAGGUUUCAUUCAAAUGAUCACGGGUUGAAUGAGUAGUCUAGGAGAUUUCUAUUAAUGUGUCGCACAUCCAGAUUCAGCGUCAGAAAGUUGACUUGAAGGCAUUAUCUUUUGAAGAGAAGAUGACAAUGUUAACAAACAGCUGACUUUACCAUCACUUUUUACUUUAAGGACAUUUCUAAUAUAAUUAUCAUCAUCAGUAGAGAAAUCUUGUUUUUGUUUGACUACAUUUAGAAGGUUGAAACAUCAGUAACUUACUCUUCCAAUUCAGAGCGCUAUAGUGUUAUAACUAUUAUUGUUAUUAGUUGUGCUUUAUACACUCUAGGACACUAGGGUUCAACAGCAGUUGCUUCAGUCAGUAAUUUACUGUGAUUUACAAAAUCAAGCAUGACUGUAGAAAGAUCAUUUUUAUGUUAAACAUGCAGAUAUUAUUGGUUUUAGUCAGGGAGACUUGUGUGCUUCCACAUUUAGCAGGCUCAACACUGUAGGUUAUCAAGCAUAAUGAGUGAAUUCUAAUAGUCUACUGUUGUUGAUUAUAGGUUUAGUGAGUGAAGCCGUUAUCAGUACGAUGUAUACAGUAUAUAUUUAUCAGUGAGUAUAUGAUAACUCAUCUAUAUUUUUUUUCAGUGUACUUAUAGUGUCAGCUGGUUAUCUUCACAUUGUUCAACCAAAUGAAUUAACCAUUUUACAAGGCAGUCAUUUUCCUCUGACAUCACGCUAACGGCGGGAGGCUAGGAAACAGUAUCAUUAGCUAUGCGGAGGUGGAACGCUGACGUUAACUGUUGUCUUUCUGAAGCCAAAAGUAAUAAUUAUAUUGUUUGUUCUUGAAAUAUGUCCAGAUCUCCCUUAUGAUUUAUACCGUCCACCCAGUGUUGAAAAUUCAGCAGCCUUGAAAUGAUGGUGUUUUUGUCAGAUUUCCUACAUUUAUAUGAUUUGCAACCUCUUUUCCCAGAGGCACAACAUUAAAACCACAUUCAAACUUCCCACGGUGAGCGUGACAUCAGAGUAAAUGACCGCCAUGUAGGCUAAUACGUUGAAUGGGACCCAUUUGACUGAGAUAAAGCGACAGAGGGGAGAACCACUGUCUGAUCCAGCACUGCCAGACUUACUGCCGUUACUGAUAGCACACUACUACCAUAAACAUCCCACACUUGAAAGGAAACUGAAGCUAUAAUAUUGUUGAACAAUCCGGCCCAAUAUUUAGGCAUCUCAGGUGUGUGUGUGUGCAUGUAUGCUUGUGUGGGUGUUUGUAUGUAUGCUGUGCUAUAUGACUCCCAUGAAUCCAAAGCCUCUUAUCGGCUGAGUCUAUGUUUACACCUUACGCAUGUACCUUGAACACAUCAAAAGUACAUCUGAAAUAUAUUAUGUACUCUUAGUGUUGAGCUGUUUGUGAUGGCACAGGAUAUUAUAUACUGGAUAAGCUUUUAUAGUGAAUAAUAUGGCUAAAGGACCAAAAGGUUGUACCUUCUCAGUGUAAUCACAGGUGUAAAAAAAAACCUCUGCUCCUGUUGUACAGCCUUCUCUGUCUCAGGAUUUAGAUCAUUUGGGCUUCAAAGCCUGUGAAAGCAACGUUCAACCACUAAAGCUGCUCCGAUGUUUGAGUGCUGUCUGCAGAAGUAAAAUGUUCAAAUAGCUGUUUUCUUUAAUGCUGGCAGUACUCCUUACAGCUCUACUUGCUUACUUUUAUCACCAAGUAAGUCACAAAAGUUGUCUUCAAGCUGUAAUUAUGGGUAAUAAUCUUAAAAAUUAGGAGAAAUCUUUAAGCUAGACAGAAAUGAAUAUUAAACCACUAUAGGUAUUAUAGCACAAGUGGUGUUUAUAAAUAAUUGAAUAACUAUAAAAAUAAAUUUAUUGUAGAAUCUCUUUAACAUACUGUGGUUAACACUUGCAAGCUGAAUGUCCAGACAUUUCUAAAUCCAAGUAAAGGAAAAUAUUUCUUUGUUACUUUGCCUAUGACCAAACUUUACUGUUUUUUUAGCAAUCAGGCAGACAGACUUAAAUACAAAUAAGCAAAGACAUAGGAAAGACAUGACAGUCUUUCUGUCAGAGAUAAGAAGUGAUAUAUAUUGAAAAAAUAGCAUUAUAGAACAAUUCUGCCAUUUUUCAGGAAAGGAGCAGGUUUGCAGAAACUGUUCCCCUCGUUGCCUAACUUGCUCCUGAACAGGUCUUGGACACUAAAUGAUACUUUCAUUUCAGUACAAACUUACCAACCAGCUUAUGAAUGCAUCAUCGUCAUAUUGUAGGGUCCAAGAAGAAAAUCAGACUGACGUAAAAACAAAAACCAUUUCAACCACUUAUUUUUAUUACUUUAUGUGACAUACAACCAACAAACACACCACGGUGGAAAAUAGCUUGGAGAAAUUACAAAUACAGUUAUAUUAAUAUAAAUACAAUAUUAUGUUGUUAUUUUAUCUUUAUCACUCUUAAAUGUUUUGUUAUUUUGUCAAUAGAGUGGAAAGUUAAUGGCAAACAAAUAUAACUACCUGGUGAUGGUAUUUCUCACUUUCAAUUUGUCAAUCUGAAUUUAAAAUCUUCAGAUAUAUUCUCUAAUUUAAGAGUACUCUUUGAAAUAUGUGUACGCUUAUGUGUUUACUUGAGCCUAUGAGAAACACAAAAUGCUUGAGCGUUUCUUGUUUUGCAGUGCUCUGGGGGGGAUUAUAGCCUAUCAUUGCCAGUAUUCAUGCUCCACAGACGUGGGUGAGACGAAAUAUUUGAUUAAGAAGUAUUUGAUUACUUUAUGUGUGUCUGUCUUGUCUUAGUUGUUUUCUCUGUGUCGUUCAGAUACAGUGCCCACCUGACUUUGUAUAGAGAUUUCAAAACUCUCCAUGACGCCUUCAUGGUCCCUCUGUACAUUGUUCAAAUGCUCUGUGAUUGUGGAGCUGCUGACUCUGUUCUCAGUGCUGCUGUGUUUUUUUCUUCUUCUGAUCGUACAAGAAUGAUUAUAUUAUAUCUUGUUCUUUCUCUCUUACUUUCCAAUUGGGUUUUUUUUCUUCUGUGUCUGUGGUGCUUUGUGCUGUGACAAGCCUAUAUGAUGCCAACAAUGCUUUUAUCUUUUCUAUUUCUCUUGUAAUAAAAACAAAAUCAUGCAGUAUUA